AUGUUUGGAAGGAUUCUGCUGCUGGUCUCUGUGGUCCUCUUCUUCUGCACAGAUGCUGAAGAUAAAACCAGACUCUACAGGAGGCCCUCCUGCGUGGGGAUGAGCGUGUCUCAGGCGUGUCCUUUAAACUAUUCUCCGGUCUGCGGCAGCGACGGCGUCACUUAUCCCAACGAGUGUUCGCUCUGCGUCCAGAGACUGUAA